AUGCCACAGCUCAUCACCACCCUUCGAAAAUUUGGAGCUCAUAACGAACGAGUAAAUGCACUCGUAGUUUUGCCUGAUGGACGGCGUAUGGUCUCCUGCUCGAAUGACAGGACGCUUCGUCUGUGGGACUUGAAGACAGGUGAUGUGAUGAAGAAGAUGGAGGGACACUACGAUAAAGUACUGGCCUUGGCGGUAUCACUAGAUGGGAAAUUGAUAGCAAGCGGUGAUGAGAGCGGAGAGUUCAUUGCCUGGGAGGGAGAAAGUGGCGAAUCUCUCACGGAAGCCAUCAAAGCCCACUCCUAUGCGAUCAAAUCGCUUGACUUUUCUCCCAAUGGCGCGGUACUUGCCACUGCCAGUAUAUUUUCGGGUGAGGUGAAUCUAUGGAGUACAGAAACAUGGCAAAUCCAUGGAGAUCCAAUCGUGUGCAACAACCGUCGCCUGUUCGAGUGCACAAUCCACUGCGUUCGGUAUUCCCCGUCUGGCGAACAUCUUGCCAUCGCGUCAGAGGAGAACAUCAAUAUAUACAAUCCAGCCACAAGGCAAUGCGUCGCAAAAUUCAAGGGUCACAGACGUGAGAACUUAGCACUCGCGUGGAUGCCCGAUGGCACACGGCUGCUCUCGGGAGGCAGUUAUCACGAUCCAAACAUACGGGAAUGGGAUCCAUUGACCUGGCAGCAGGUCGGCAAUCCAUGGACGGACGAUACUUAUAUGAAAUGCGUCCGCACCAUUGCCAUUCAUCCCACUGGCACCCUUGUCGCGUUUGUAUCUGGAGAUGGUGAUGUUCGGCUCUGGCGGAUCUCGGAUCGACGAACCAUCGCCGUCUUCCGCUCAAAGCGCACUAUAGGAGGCGUGCAGUGUCACGGUGUCACCUUCUCCACUGAUGGCGGGCACAUCCUUGGCCACAGAGAUUAUGAUAACGCAAUCUCAGAGUGGGCAGUACCCAAGGACGCGUUGGGGGAGGAUGCUUCCGGUGAACAGCCAUCAAAGGAUGCUUUGCCGAAGGAUAUUCCAGAUGAUAACGCGACAAAGAACACAAGUCAGCAUCGGAUCAUCAUCCUCGUUAUGAACUCGAGAGUCCGCAAUGCGUGCAUAUCUGGGGACUUGCCCACCGCCGAACAGUCGCUCACACAAGAGAUCGAUGAUAAUUCCAAGAACUACGUCUCCUACGCCAAUCGCUCAUUCGUUAUGGCGAGAAAGUUGGACUGGGACCAAGCGCUUCAUGAUGCAACUGCCUCUGUCAGCAUUAAGCCCUCCCUCAUAGGCUAUUUCACCAAGGGCCUCGCCCUCUGCGGCAAACAACAGUUCUGGGACGCAACGAAAGCCUUUGACCUCGCGUUCACAUUCACGGACGGAGAUUCAAAGAAGGCUCAUUACCUUUUCUUGAUUAAGGCAGGUAGCUUUCCUAUUCAUGAAGAGGGUGUGCUCCCCGUCCAAGAACUAGCUAUCCGUCCCAAUCCUGAUCCUCUGGCUUGUCGUGUCGUGGAAGCGUAUAUGCGAGUCCAGCUGGGAACCAUUGCCGCGAAUGGCGCCCGUCACCAUGAAGCUGCUGAUCACUUCACUGCCGCUGUCGAAGCAGGUGCUUUCUUCUCUAAAUUGGACAUUCAUUCUAUGUAUGAGGAUUUUGUCGUGCUUUUUGGCUGGGAUCUCGAGUCCUUGUGGGAAGUUGCAAAUCUGAAACGGUUAUAUGCACUACUCCGGACAGCCCGAUUUGGGGCAGCCCUCGAAUCUUACCGACACAUGAUGGACAUGAGUGACGAACCCACGAAGGCCCACUUUCUUGCUUGGACGUCUGGCAAGUUUUCGGUAAUGUUACCCGUGCGACGAUGCUGA